CAUCGUUGAAAACGAACAGAGUGUUCCAGAGUUUGUUGAAGAGUGAAGAGGGUAGCUUCUGAAACAGUCAUGGAGGGUACGAAGAGGGUGUUCAUGGUGUUGCUGUUUCUGGGUUGCACUAUGCUUGUGAUGUUACCACAGGCUUCUGCUGUACGGUGGAUGAUAGGAGGCAACAUGGGUUGGAGUACAAAUUUCAACUACACUACUUGGGCUAAGGGCAAGCAUUUCUACAAUGGUGACUGGCUCUUUUUUGUGUAUGAUAGGAACCAAAUGAAUGUGCUAGAAGUGAACAAGACAGAUUAUGAAAGUUGUAACUCUGAUCAUCCACGUCACAAUUGGACUACUGGAGCUGGAAGAGAUGUGGUUCCAUUGAAUGUAACAAGGGAUUACUAUUUUAUCAGUGGCAAAGGGUUCUGCUUUGGUGGCAUGAAGAUAGCUGUUCAUGUUGAAAACCCACCACCUCCACCAGUAGCUGCUCCUAUAAGAGCUGGGGCACAUACCCUUUCUUCCCAAGGCCACAUUAUUCUCUUGCCUGUUGUUUAUGCCAUUGGAGCUGCAUGGGAUGCAUUCAUUCAUUUCUGGUAAUUGAUAUCCUGAAACAAUCUCAAACAAAUUGUGUUUCAAUUUUUUUUUCAUUUUUUCUUCAAAAGGGAAUUGUUACUUGCUUGGUGAUUUUAGUUGUUGACCUCAAAUGGGUCAAAUGGUGAUGUUUAAAAGUUAGGUAGUGGUUGGUGUUUGAUUUUCAAAAUGUGAUCUAUUUCUGUAUGUUGUGUCCAGAAAUAUGCCACAAACUGGUUUCAUUUAAUUUAUUGGAGAAUUCAAAUGUGGGAAUGUAGUAAUAUGCUUAUGGACUAGUAG